UAGUGUUUAUCGCCGGAACUUCUACUACAAGUCAAUCCCGAGCGGACUUUGGAAAAACAAGAUGAGUGCAAAGGGUGAACGGCCCAGUCUGGACGGGGUGUUCCUGCGCAGGUUCGUGAAGCUCCAGGCCGUACUUCUGCCCCGGUGGACGUCUCCCAACUCCCUGAUGUUCGUCACCCUGCUGGCCGUGGCCCUCACAGGGCAGCUGCUGGUCUAUCAGGUGGGGGUUCUGCCCAGUCAGUUCUACGGGACGCUGGCGGACAGAGACCUGCGCGGCUUCCGGGACCUCGCCGUCGUCUCCCUCGUUCUCAUCCUUCUCAUAUCCCUGCUGCGCAGUGCCGAGCAGUAUGUCGGUAAGCUUGUCUAUGUGAGCUGUCGCCGGGAUCUGACGGAGUAUCUGCACGGCCUGUACUUUAACAAGCAGGUGUAUUACACGCUGAGCGCGCAGCACCCGCACAUCGACAACCCGGACCAGCGCAUGACUCAGGACGUGGAGCGGCUCUGCCGGGAUCUGGGUUCCUUUGCCAGUAAGAUUCUGAUAACGCCCUUCACGCUGGGGUAUUACUCCUACCAGUGCGCGCUCAGCACCGGGUGGGUCGGACCCGUCUCUGUGUUCGGGUACUUCGUGGUCGGGUCGGUUCUGAAUAAAGUUCUGAUGAGUCCCGUUAUCCCCAAACUGGUUCAGCAGGAGAAGCUGGAGGGCGACUUCCGGUUCAAGCAUGUGCAGGUCCGUGUGAAUGCAGAGGCCGCCGCGUUUGCCAGGGCAGGAGACGUGGAACACUCGAGAACCGACCGCAGGCUGCAGACUCUCAUCCUCACCCAGAAGCAGCUGAUGUACCUGGAGUUCUGGGUGUAUCUUGGAACCAACACCUUUGAUUAUCUGGGUGGGAUCCUGAGUUACGUGGUCAUCGCGGUUCCCAUCUUCACCGGCGUCUACGGAGACCUGAGUGCGGCCGAGCUCAGCGAACUGAUCAGCAAGAACGCCUUCGUGUCCAUUUACCUGAUCAGCUGUUUCAGUCAAAUCAUUGACCUGUCGAGUACAUUGUGCGACGUGGCGGGUUACACGCACAGGAUAGGCGAGCUGCAGGAGGUGAUGUCCGGCCUCGCUCAGGCACACAGCGUACCCGAGGACGCCACGUUCCCGUACGAGGACAGCGCCACAGCCCCGGAGGAGCAUGCGCCGCCGGCUGACCCCGUGUUUGUCAUGGAAAAUGUAACCAUAGCAACUCCGGAUUUUGAUUGCACCCUUGUGCGAGACCUGAACGUGGCCGUGUGUGACGGGAGUAGCCUUCUAAUCACAGGCGACACGGGCAGCGGCAAGUCCUCCAUCCUGCGUGUCCUGGCCGGUUUAUGGAAAAGCAAGCGAGGUCAUGUGUUUGUUCACGCGCCGUUUGGACCCCGUGGCGUGUUAUUUCUCCCCCAAAAGCCUUUCCUGAGCGAUGGAAGCUUAAGGGAGCAGGUCAUUUACCCCUUGAAGGAUAUUUACCCCGAAGCUGGACGAGUUGAUGACGAACGAAUCGUGCGUUCGCUGGACAUGGCUGGGCUGGCUUCUUUGGUGAACAGGACUGGGGGACUGGACCAAAAGGUGGAAUGGAACUGGUCGGAGGUUCUGUCUCCCGGAGAGAUGCAGCGUUUGGGGUUUUCCCGACUCUUCUAUCUGCAGCCAAAAUACGCAGUGCUGGACGAGGCGAGCAGCGCUCUCGGUGAGGACGCGGAGACUGAGUUAUACCGCCGCUGCCAGCAGAUGGGGAUGACCCUGAUUAGCGUGGGACAUCGGAGGAGCCUUUACCAGUUUCACGACUGGGAGCUGAGAAUCGGGCUGAACGGUCAGUGGGACCUGAAGAGACUGAAAAAGUGACGAAUUCCACGGAGGACGCGGCCCUUCCUCUCCAGCACGGUCCCG